CACACACAGGAUGUUAUCUUUUGUCUACCACGGCUGCGUUGUUGCGGGAUAUCAGUCUGUAAUAGGGCGUUAGAGAUGCUGUUACUGAGGCUUUCGGUUCAAUAGUUAAUAUUGUGUAGACUGAUGUGUAUAUCACACUAUUUUGACCAUUCUAAAUAAUAGCCAGGAACUAGUACUGUAGACGUUUAGUGUGUAGUGUGUUGUGUGCUCAAGCUUAACAUUUCCUAGAUAUCCGUGAUAGCAUGAAUAUUCCCAACGGUUACGGUAGCUACCCACCAGCAGGUGGCGCUGGCCCAGGUAUGAACCAAGGUCAAGGAUAUCCUCCUCCUCAGGGUUCUACUCCAUCUUACCACCAAGGCGCACCACCACCGAAAGAAGCUUUAGCCAGGCCUAAUGAAGAAGUGGAAGCCAGCGCCCCACCUCCAGAUGGUCUGUUGGACAGCUUACCUGGAUAUACUAACAUUGGCUUCCAGGGAGCUUUUCUUCCACCCCCUGCGUACAGUGAGGUCGCACCUGCGGAGCCACAGAACAGGGAGGCCAUUCGCAGUGUGGUGACUUUGACAGAAGAGCAAGCAAGGGAGGCAAUCAUACAAUUUGCUGCCGAGCAUUGCUGCUACGGUAAAGGCCCCGCUGUUGAGAUGAAGCUAAACUCUCUGGAGUCUUCGAGUGCUUUCCAUUACACAUUGGAGACUUUUGGUGAAGGGCGCUCCACCAAGUGGAAAUCCCAGCCCUAUAGGGGCGAGGGCAUUAUUGUAACGGGCCCACCACCCGGAGCCUGGGACAUUCAAGCUCAACCAGGAGCUAUGUUUCAGCCCUCAAAACUCAAAGUAGAAGUUCCUAACACUGCAUCCGUCAAGCCAUGUCACGUCUGCCACGCAAGGGGCUACAAGUUUUGUUACUCCUGUAUGGGCAGUGGAAGGAGGGAAUGUGGUAUGUGCAAUGGCACAGGCAGGCGUAGCUGGUACGAGAAUGGAGAGAACAUAGAGCGUCCAUGUGGCAGCUGUAACUUCGGCUGGUGCACGUGUUUUGUGUGUAACGGCUCAGGCAGGAUCGAGUGCUACAAAUGUAAAGGAAGGGCGAGUCUGCGAUGGUACAUCGAGUUGAAGAUUACCUGGAAAAACCACUUAGAAGACCAUAUAGUAGAGAGAACAGCUUUACCCGAUGAGCUAAUCAGAACUGUGUCUGGGGAAGUUGCAUUUGAGGAAACAUAUCCACGAGUCUGGCCAAUCAAUCACUUUCCAGAGAGUGAAAUCAAUGCAGCAUCCAAUACUUUAGUCUCUAAGCACAAGUCUGCCUUCCCCACUGAGAGAAUUUUAAUGCAGAGACACAGAGUUCGAAUUGUUCCCGUGACUCAAGUGGCCUACUCUUACAAGGACAUGAACUCGUGCUUCUUUGUUUAUGGUUUUGAGCACAGAGUUCAUGCCCCUGACUACCCAGCCAAAUGCUGUUGUGGGUGUACUGUGAUAUAGAGAGGCUUUUCCUGCUCCAUAGAUACAUCUGCACCUUCAUGCCCUGAUUGUAACAUGAAAUGUACUAAUUUGCUGCCUUGUUUUUUUUUUUUAUUGUUCUGUAUAUCAAUUAAAGUUUUUUUUUAAAA